GCAUCUCUGUCUGCUUCUACAAAGAAAAUGCAAUUUAAGCAGCUUUCUGGCCUGACGGUACUUCUGGGUGUAGUCUAUAUUGUCGAAGUAGUACUUGCGCAGGCAUGUCGUCCGUUGCCAUCCCUGGACGGCGGCAGUGCACCCUCCAUUGGGCCACUGCUAGUAUCCGUGAUAUUCGUUGAUUUUCCCGACUUCCCGGCUCAGAACUCGACCGAGGAGCUUUACAACACCAUGAUUGAUGCACCGGAUCUGUACAAGACCAUGUCAUAUGGCAAGCUUGAUCUCCAAAUGCAACCGCAGUUGGAAGGGUUCUACCGCAUGCCGAACCUUUCAUCCAACUACAACUAUGCGCGCGGUCUCACCACUGAGGACCAUGUUCGGUACAUCAAUGACGCGCUAUCAGCAGUCGGCAAAGCAGUAAGCUUUGAGGGAGUCAACGUACUUUACGUCGUCCCCCCGAGGGGUGCGAAAGAAAUAUCCUUUUCGCCAACCGCGAUGGUACCCGUGACAGCUGCAGACGGCACGGUGAUUGGUAACACAGUGACGUUUGGUCAAGAUAUGUGGGAUCGCUGGGGUUUCAAAACAGUGAAUCACGAAACUGGACAUACCAUGGGCUUACCCGAUCUGUAUCCGUACGUCAAUGGCACAACAACACAAUGGGUGGGCGGCUUCGAUAUGAUGGGAUUGAUCAGCGCGCAAAGCCCGGACUACUUCGCCGUAUUGAAGUGGCAGCUUGGUUGGAUCGACGACAGCCAGGUAGAUUGCGUGGAAAAUUCCGGCAUCACGACGCAUAAAAUCAGUCCGAUUGAGGUUGAAACUGGCUCCAAGAAACUAAUAAUGGUUCCCAUUGACUCUACUCAAGCGAUUUUGGCGGAGGUGCGCUCGACGCUCGGCAUUGACGAAGGCGCAUGUGGGACUGGAGUUCUAAUAUAUCAGAUCCUUCCCGAAGUAGGGUCUGGCAACGGGCCUAUUCGUGUCUUUGAUUCGAAGCCAGGCUCCGGUGGCUGCCAGAUUCCCACUGGAAAUAGCACUGGAGGAGAAUUGAGUGAUGCACCUUAUCAAGUGGGGUCCAAAUUCACUUCUCAACUUGGGGUUUCUAUCACAAUAUUAGAACAAGAGGGAGAAGACUAUAUUGUCGAAGUUCAAAUUUGUGCACUCGAAUUUUUCGGGUAA